CAAGACCCUCUAAAUUACUGAUCUCAGAGCAAUGUUUAAGCGAAGCUGCACCCUCCUAGCCGAAAUACCAAAGCAGGAGGUGCUCCAGUGGCUGGGCUCCAUUGAGACCGUACUCUUUGGGACAGACGGAGUACUGUGGAACUUUGACGACCCCAUCAAAGGAUCUGUGGAAACCUUCAAUGCCACUAGGAACAAGGGGAAGCGCUGCUUCUUAGUGACCAACGAUUCCAGUAUGGUAGCCAGCGAUAUGGCGCAGAAGGCCAUGUGUCUCGGUCUCAAAGUAGGGGAACAGGAAAUUCUCACCUCAGCGGCAUGCAUAUCCAACUAUCUGGUGGUCAAAAAGUUCAAAAAGAAAGUUCUAGUCGUGGGCGAGACAGGAAUCCAAGAAGAGCUCCAGAAGGCUGGCAUCCAAUCCGUUACCAUAGAUCAGGAGGCAGAAGAACAUAAGAUGGGGCCAUUUGCCCGGAAUUUAAUAGUCGAUCCGGAUGUGGGAGCUGUGGUGGUCGGCAGAGACAAGAGCUUCAACGUGUCCAAGAUCGUCGUGGCCUGCACCUAUCUGCUCAACCCCAAGGUUAUGUUUCUGGGGACUUGCAUGGAUACCAUCUACCCGGUGUGCGAAAAGCGUGUGACUGUGGGUGCCGCGGCUAUGGUGGCUGCCAUUGAAAAAAGCAGCAACCGGAAGCCCCUCAUCAUGGGCAAGCCCAAUCCUCAAAUGGUGUAUAAGCUGAGGCAGUCCGGAGUCCUCAAGCCGGAGAAGACCCUCGUCAUUGGGGAUCGAUUAAGUUCGGAUAUCAUCUUUGCCAAUAACUGCGGGUUCAAAUCACUUUUAGUGGGCUCGGGAGCGGGCUCUCUCGAGGAAGCGCAGCAACUAAAAAUGGAAGGCAAUGAAAAAAAACUGAUGAUGGUUCCCGACACGUUUUUGCCCAGCUUGGGCCAUUUAAUGGAGUAUCUGUGUGAAGAUGAGAAAAUUAAAGAAACUGAUGAGGGUAAAGCGGAAAAGAAGCGUGUCGACAAUACAGGGAACGAAGCUAAAGCCGCAUAAUGCGAUUCCUCAAAUUUUAAAUUUUCCCGGGUAAAUCAAACAGCUGUUUGGUCGCAGCCAACCUUUUACAACACUUGCUGAUGUAAAUAUCGAUGUAUCGAUAUAUAGAUGCCUUCAAUAGAAAUAUAUUGUUGUCAGC